AUGAGCAUUCCUACGCCGACUCCACUCCCUUUUGCUACAUUUCAGACGAAGGGUGACACAUCUCCGGCGUAUCUCCUGGAAUACCUUCAGAAACUUUCUGCCCAAAUUCGUGAUGACCCAUACCUGGGCAAGGACGACACUUCCUCGUGGUUUGAGGUGGUUUCGGGACUGAUGGAAGUCUUCUUCGAUUCUUUUCCAACACCUGAUGAGCAGCCGUGGAGUACUCUACACGAAAAACUCAAGCUCACCGAAGUUUCCCUGGAAGUGGUGCAUCGUGCCACAGAGCGUGUCGGACACUUGUUUGUGCAAUCGGACGGCUUUGCAGAGAAAGUACUUAUUCGAUUGCUCCGUCUCUGUUUCGUGCUGGAGAUAUGGGUCGAUAAUUCCGUGCCGGCGGAGGAUGGCUAUCCUACUGCAGAAGAAUUGUGCGAUCAGGCCGUGCGAACUUCCGCGGGCGUUUUACGCUCCUUGGGGAGCAGUUCCACGUCGGAAGAAGCUAUACCCCUUCCACGAGACAUACUGAAGGGUAUCCUACUAAAAUGUGUAAGUGGGUGCAAUGACCUUCUUUCUCUUUCUCCUGCUGAGGUGUUCCCUGUGUCAUUCAAACUGUUUGCGACUCCGCUCCUCCAGGAGAAGCAGGCUGUUGGCGCUGCGUUGAUCACUGAUUCAGGCGAAAAUAUCCAACUCAAUAUCGACAGUCCUUCUCGGAUCCCGGUACUUCUAUCCCUGCUUCUUGAUGUUUGUUCCCAAAGCAUAUCUCCGGCUCUGCCGUCACAGUGGUACUUCUUAGGAGUUGUGCGUGAUGUUGCUGACCUUUCUCUGCGGAUCUUCGAUUUUCUGUCUUCCCCAUCUUGUAUUACCUCUGCUCCAAGAAGAGCAAGGGCCUUAACAUCUGUGUGUUACGCCAUAGUCGUUGCAUCGAGAACUCUCUCAGUCUUGGAAGAACUGGCGGAUUCGCUGAGGUUCAAGUUACUACUCCACAGAUUACAAGCCGGUCCAGAUAGCUCUUGGGAACGUUCAGAUGCUAAUCUCCAACAAAUGUUUGACUUACCCUUUAUGACCUUACCGGUUGCGGCAGAAGUGCAGCUUGCUCUUACAUUUCUACGUACAGAGCGUUGGGGAGAGGCGGGAGACAGUUUGAGGAAGCUCACGGUGACAUUUCUACGCUUAUGCAUCCCUCAAUUUGACAAGGAGUUUCUGUGCAUGGUCAAGGAGUCCCUCACGGCAACUGGAAAAGACGAAGCGUAUUCAGAGACGCUGCAGUCAGUCGAUGAACGUCUCAAAUCGUUGAAGAAGUCUGGAGAAGUUGCACAAGGGCAGACGAGUGCAAAUGUAUUGCAAUCCUCUUGGCGUGCUGCAGUCAGAGUUAAUGUUCAAGCUGUCGUCGAACCACUCGAGCUUGCGUGGAUGGAUGACGAUAACCCUCUCACCGAUGUCGAGUACACUGUUCGUGCAUUGAAGGAAAUAGAAGGCAGGUUCACGGAUAACAGGCCGUUGUACAACCCCGCUGCAAAAGCUCGUCGGUCCCUAGCACAGAACUUCGCCAAACUGUCCUCUACCCUACGCCACGCAGGCGUUCCCUCAUCUUCCUGGUCAGUUGACAGACCAGAAAUAUCAACAGUCUCUGUGUAUAUGCCAGUAGCGACUCUCCUCCUCGAGGGUUCUGGAGAGGAUGUGACUGCCGUGGUUCGCAAGUCUGUGUAUGAUGCUCUCGCUCAGACCUUGCGAUAUCACACGCAUGCAGUCGAUGUCAGUGACUUUGAACACACAACAGAUAUGAUUGUACGAGGAAUGAAGGAUGGGGACCGCAGUGUGCGUCUUGGCGCCGGGCAAGCAUUGGUAGAUAUGGUUAGAAUCUACCAGGCAAAUGGCAAUGGUGCCUGGAAAAGAGCAGAAGGACUCUUCGCCAUGCUUUACCGGUUGUUUGAACUGAAAGAUGCCCGUGUCAAGGAAACCGCCUUGAUUACUGUUGGAAGGAUCGGGAAAAUUGCUACAGCGGAGAUCCUUGGUCAAGCCGUCUGCUGCUUGGUGUCUCAGCUCGGAAAACAAAGCCCGAUGUUGAAUGGAACCGCUUACUUGCAAUUACAAAGUCUGGCAAAAUAUCAUCGAAAAACGCCUUAUAAUCUACUCUCACCCUACAUGGACUCAAUUGCUCCUUUCCUAGUUUCUCGUAUUUGCACACAGAAGAGCAUGCUGGUGGAAGCUUGCCAAUUUAUCUCUGUCUCCUACAAAGAUUUUGUAGGGUUGACACUGAAUCGCACCUUGCCGCAGAUAUUCGCCAAUUGUGAACUCCGGGUAGUAGAAGAGGUGGCCAAGGAAACAGAUAUGGAACCACAAAAGCUUUUGCUUGCACAUUGUCCCGAGAUUCUCGCAUAUGCGUUCCGACUUCAAGGACCUGGACAAAGUCAAAAGGCUCUUGGAUUUAUCUUAGGCCUACUGCGAGAGGCAGGUGGUGAUGCCAUCGAUAUUGGGAGUGUUGUUCGCAGUUACAUUGUUCCCCUCUUGGCCGAACUUGUUGUUGUAUUGGGAGCCGACAAUCCAGAUGAGGCCGACACGGGAAUGCAGGCGCUGACGAAGAUUGAGCGUUGUGUAUCGCAGCCGCGAAAUGGUUCUCGAGGAACACCUCCAGAGAAUACAGGGGCGUUCUUGAAAUCUUACAUGCUCGGUAUAAUGUCCCAUCUGAACGAUCGUUUGCAAGAUGUGCAGAGAAGGCGGUCACUCGACUUGAAGAGAAAGGUAUUGAGAAGCCUGGGGCCAUUCAUCAGUCUGAUUGGAACCGCAGUAAGCGGUAUUGCGCCUCAGAUUAUGACAUCUCUGCAGUCCAUGCUUGUGGUCAAGGAACUUGCAGAUGUGACAUUACAGAGUUGGCAUGUUUUUCUGACAUCCCUUGAAACUCGCGACCUUGGACCACACGUCGGUCCGACCAGUGCAUCCUUCGUAGCGUACUGGCCGGCGUUUUCAACGCAAGGCCGUGAUACCGCCAAGCGGUGCCUGACCUUCAUCGUAUGUGGCAAAGGUGCAGACCUUGGUCCAUAUCUAAAUGAAGUAGUCGAUCUCGGUACUAUUCCUGAACUUUCCGAAGCACAGGAGAGACUAGCUCACCUCCGCCGCGCGUGGAAACCUCGGGAUAAACUACAAAGGAUCCUGGAACGCGCAACUAGCGAAAGUGUUACCGUGGCGGUGCAGUCUUUGUAUGAGCUGAAGGCCUUCAUGAGCGUCGAAGAGGAAGGCUAUGUUCGGGCACUCGCUUUUGGAGAUGUGUUUGAUCCUCUGGUUGGUCAAAUCCUCUCCACGCUAUUCGCAGCGGCCUGCCGCGAUGGAGACGACACCGAUACUUUGCACAUGGUAGCCUUUGACUGCAUCGGAGUUCUGGGUGCUGUUGAUCCCGAUAGGCUCGACAUGGGUGUCAAUGAUACUCGAAUUGUUAUGCUCAGCAAUUUUAUGGACGAGGCCGAGUCAGCGUCCUUUGCUCUGCAUCUCAUCCGAGAUAUUCUUGUGGGUGCUUUCCGCUCUACCAGCGACAUUAACUACCAGAGCUAUCUCGCCUACGCAAUCCAAGAGCUCUUACACUUCUGCAAAUUUACCUCCGCCCUUGUCACUCCUGGAUCCACCAAUUCUAUCUCUCUGAAGGUUAGGAAUCGCUGGAACAGUCUCCCCAAGCACGUCCUUGAGACCGUCACCCCUCUCCUGGACUCGCGCUUCAAGGUGGAAGCUCGUUAUCAUGAAGAGUUGCAGCAUCCCAUUUAUCCCACAAAGCAGACAUAUCGCGAAUGGAUUCAAUCGUGGACUGGUCAUCUUCUCAAUAAAGCUUCAGGAGAACAGGCUGUUACCAUAUUUAACGUAUUCCCCGCCGUCGUGCGUAACAAAGACGUUGGAGUAGCGCACCAUCUUCUUCCCCAUCUUGUGCUAAACGUCCUUAUCUCUGGUGAAGAAGACGAUACUCAACAAAUCCGGUCCGAAUUGCUAGCAGUACUUGAAGAUCAGGUUGAGACGAGCUCGCAAUCUUCUGCCGACAAGAAGCUUCUCAGCGCGCAGACCGUGUUCAUGCUCAUGGAUCACAUCAAUCAGUGGGUACGUGUCAUUCGUCAGGACAUCAGCUCCAAGAAGGCAGAAAGCAAGAGAGCCCGGGCCAAUCAAGUAGGCAGCGAGGCCGAAGAACAACUCCUAAGAGUUGAUUCUAUCCUCUCGAGCAUAGAUCCAAGUCUCAUGGCGAAAGCCGCACUGCAAUGCAAGGCUUACGCUCGCUCCCUCAUGAAUUUUGAACAGCAAGUCGUGACCCUACGAGCCAAUAACGCGAACAGCAAUCAACUCCAUGAACACUAUGAGCGUCUACACGAAAUAUACGCUCAUUUGGAUGAGCCAGAUGGAAUGGAGGGCAUUUCCACACUGAUUCUGUCACCAUCCCUAGAGCACCAGAUCCGACAGCACGAAAGUACGGGCCGGUGGACAUCGGCGCAAAGCUGUUGGGAAGUCAGGCUUCAACAAUCUCCAGAUAACCUCGACUUUCACUUGGGUCUACUACGCUGUCUCCGAAAUCUGGGACACUACGACACGUUGCGUACUCAUGUUAAAGGUGUUCUAGUCCGCAAUCCAAAUUGGCAGGCGCAAUUAGUCGGUUUUCAGGUUGAGAGUGAAUGGAUGGUUGGUAAUUGGGGAGAGGUACAGAUUUUAAUCCGGAGUACCGAAGCUCAGACGUCUCCCAUACUUCUGGCACAAGUACUCUUGGCCAUGCGCGCUGGUGACACCGUGACGAUCUCGGACUCGUUAGCGGUGGCACGAAGAUUACUGGGCACUCCCAUUAUAGCUGCCGGUGCGAAAGGCUACCGACGAUCCUACGAUGCUGUCCUCGAUCUGCAUCUCGUGCACGAGUUGGAGGUAAUACAUAAUGCUAUGACCAGUCUUCCAGGUGGGCAAGGCUCGGGAACUCCGCGCAGAGUGGUCGACCACGUCUCGCAACGGUUAUCCGCACGUUUCAACUCGACUUUGCCUACAUUCAGAAUCCGGGAACCAAUUCUGAGCAUGCGGCGAACGGCAUUUGGCCUAAGCUGUUCCAAUGCUCAUAGCGUCAAAGAGGUUAUAGGACAAGCAUGGCUAGCUAGCGCCAAAAUUGCUCGGAAGGCCGGACACUGGCAGACUGCCUACAGUGCCAUGUUACAGGCGCAGCAUUGCAAACUUCCUUUCUCUUUUAUGCAGAAUGUAAAACUCAUUAAGGCCAGCGGCGAACCCCUUCGAGCAUUGCAAGAGUUGGAAAAUUCUAUGCGGCUAUCUGGUAUAAUGGGCGAAGAUGUUAUUGAUCUCACGGAUGACAAGGAGGACAUGAAGUUAAAAGCGAAGGCUCAACUUCUGCGUGCUCGAUGGAUGAACGAAUCCGAUCGAUUUGAUGCUUCAUUUGUGGUGAAGGCAUAUCAAAAUGCGGCAGACUUAUGCCCGAAAUGGGAAAGUGGCCAAUUCUAUCUUGGACAGUUUCAAGACGAAUGUUACAAAGCUCUUUCACGUGAAGACCAGUUAAACCGAGGAAUGAGGAUGAACCUUCAAACCGUUCGAAACUAUGUUAAGGCCAUGAGAUAUGGAUCAAAGUAUAUCUAUCAGACAGUUCCACGAGUGCUCACGUUAUGGAUGGACAUGGGUGAAGACGGCAAUAUUGCGAAAUCCGAAAUAUUCCAACGUAUAAACAUGGAAGUUUCGCGUGCAAUUAAAUCCGUCCCUGUGUACAAGUGGUUCACAGCAUUUCCUCAAAUCGUCUCCCGUGUUGGACAUGGCAACGAUGCAGUGUACGGCGUCUUGUCCAAGUUAAUCUCCAUGGUCAUUCAAGAGUAUCCAAAACAAGCACUGUGGUUGUUCACGUCAGUUGUCAAAUCAACAAAACCGCAGAGAGCGGAUAGAGGCAAACUUAUCCUUGACAAACUUCGUACACUCACGGAAACAAAUGUUCCCAAAUUAAUCAAUGAUAGCUUGCACAUGACGGAAGAGCUGCUAUCUCUCUGUGAUUACCCUGUGAGAGAGGACAAAAAGACUUUAAGUAUGACGAAAGACUUCCCAAGUCUCUUUCGUCUUGCCCCUUCACAACUAGUCAUCCCGCUGCAAGAAUCUCUCACUGUCAGCCUUCCCCCGACGUCAUCAUUAGAAAUUGUGCUACCCGAUGGGACGCAUGCAGUGCAUCAGCCGUUUCCCUUAGAUGUACCUACCUUUGCACGAUUCCACGACGAAAUCGAUGUGAUGCGCUCUCUAGCUAAACCGCGCAAGAUUACGAUUCAGGGGAGCAAUGGUCAAAUUUACAUGUUUUUGGGAAAGCCAAAGGAUGAUUUGCGCAAGGAUGCUCGUCUGAUGGAUUUCAAUGCUAUCGUGAACAAACUGCUCAAGUCAAAUUCAGAAUCACGUCGACGACAACUCCAUAUUCGCACUUACGGUGUCGUGACAUUAAAUGAAGAGUGUGGGUUCAUCCAAUGGGUCCCUAACACGAUUCCUAUCCGGCCGAUUCUCAUGAAGGGGUACGAGCGCCGCAAUGUUCGUAGCUGGUCGCCCGAGAUGAAUCUAAUUUUCGCGAAAAUCAAGGAAACAUCAGACAAAGAGGGUGCACAGAUCUUCGUCAUUGACCUUACCCAUAAGACUUUCCCGGAGCCCACUGCAUGGCUGGCCAGUCGGCUGGCGUACAGCAGGACUGCUGCAGUGAUGUCAAUGGUCGGAUUCAUCGUAGGAUUGGGCGACAGGCACUGCGAGAACAUCCUGCUUGACAUUAACACCGGCGAUGCCAUCCAUGUCGAUUUCAACUGCCUGUUCGAGAAGGGAAAAACGUUGGAGACACCAGAGCGAGUCCCCUUCCGAUUGACGCAGAACGUGGUAGAUGGCAUGGGAGUCACUGGUGUGGAAGGUUGCGUCUUCCGUAUUGCGUGUGAGGUGACCAUGCAAUUGCUCAGAGAGAACAAGGACAGUUUGAUGAGCGUGCUCGAUGCAUUCGUGCAUGAUCCGUUGGUGGAAUGGGAGGACGAAAAGCGCAAGAUGGCAAGUCCUACAUUUGAACGAGAGGCCCAGAGAAGGAACACUGUCCGCGCUUCGGUAGAUUUACGCAGUCUUGCCAAGAACGCUCUGAAGACAAUCGACAAGAAGCUCAAGGGUAUAUAUACCACGAGCCGUGAGCGAACCGAGAAAGAGAUAUCGACUAGUGGCCUCGUUCAAGUGCUGAUCCAAGAAGCUUCAGACGACGCAAAUCUAGCGAAGAUGUAUCCAGGUUGGACUCCCUGGCACUGA